UCAACAUUUUAUCAAAUCAUUAUCAUGAUUCACUGUCAUGGAGUCAUGUGAAGUAUCAGAGAUUCUCAAAUCCGCCAAAAACAUACCCAAAACAAUUUUCCUCUUUCCACUCACAGCUUUCAUCCUUGUCCUUCUUCUUCCUCUCCUCAUUCACUUCAACCAAUCAUCUUCAAAGAUUCUCUUCACAACAACCACAGUUGUUGAAAAUCAAACAACAACAACACCAACAACUAGUUGCAGCAAUUUGUUUUCUGGAAAAUGGGUUCCUUAUUUAGAACAAAGUUAUUACAAUGAAACAUGUCCUUUUAUUAAAGAGAACCAGAACUGUUUUGUUAAUGGAAGACCAGACGGUGAUUUUCUUAAAUGGAGAUGGAAGCCGGAUGGUUGUGAACUUCCUUUGUUUGAUGCAAAAGUGUUUUUGAAGAUUGUGAAAGGAAAGUCAAUGGCUUUUGUCGGUGAUUCAAUCGCCAGAAAUCAGAUGCAAUCUUUGCUGUGUCUUUUGAGUUCGGUUGCUCGGCCAGAGGACGUUACAACCAAAUAUGUAUCAAAAGAUGACCUAACAUAUUUCAAAUGGUGGCUCUAUGCUGAUUAUAACUUCACCAUUACAAUGUUAUGGUCCCCUUUUCUAGUGAAAUCCUCUAAAUCUUACAUCUACAACAGUUCUAAUUUCCUCAAACCCGAGAGUCUUUAUCUCGACGAACCAGACACAGCUUGGACGAGUCGAAUUGAAAAUUACGACUACGUAAUUUUCUCUGGUGGACAGUGGUUUUUCCGACCGUUCACAUUCUACGAAAACAAUCAAGUUGUUGGAUGUCAAAAAUGCAACAACUCAAUAGAACUCAACUAUUACGGAUACAAGAAAGCGUACCAAACCGCUCUCAAAACUAUAACGAAUCACGAAAAGUUCAAAGGAUUGGUGUUUUUAGCGACACAUUCUCCGAAUCAUUUUGAGAACGGCGAAUGGAAUAAAGGCGGAGGAUGUAAUAGAACACAGCCCUUUAGUAAUGAACAAAAAUGGGAUGUGCAUCCUUAUGGUCUAGAGAUAUUACAUCAAAUACAAAUCGAUGAAUUCAGUGCUGCAAAGAAGAAUGCAGGCGAAAAUGGCUCGCGUUUUGGUUUGAUCGAUAUAACGGAUGCGAUGUUGAUGAGGCCGGACGCACAUCCUAACAAGUAUUGGCACGCGAUGGAUAAAAAUGUGAGUGUUAAUGAUUGCAUUCAUUGGUGUGUGCCGGGUCCGGUUGAUACUAUCAAUGAGAUUUUUCUCUAUAUGAUCUUGAGAAUGAAGUUAUGAUAGAUAAUAUUUUAAGUUUCGAAAUGCAUACUUGUGUUUUGGAAAGUGAUUUUUCUUAAAAAAUGUAUUGAACAAAGGUGUUAGUGUUUUUCUAUGAAGAACUGCUAAUUUAGUAUUAGGCCAGAUGAUAAGUUUUUUUUAUCGGUAGAGGAAGUGGUCAUAAUUAUUAGAAACUCACAUGAGUGAGAUUUCGAACUUGGUGUAACGUCCAACCUAACCUGAUAUUAUACAAAUGAACUGCUGAUUCUUGUUGUCCAUUUUGAUUUUGCCAAAAUGUAAAUGAUCAUUACGAGGACAUCAGUUUUGUUUGUUUGCAUACAUUUUCUUAAAUUCACCCCCUUAAUUCUUUGAGAAAUAGUCAAAGUAAACUCUUAAUUGUUAUGAUAACAUAAAUGUUAGAAUUAAAACAGUAUUAGGUAUUUUUUAUAAUGAUGAAUUGGUAUUUGGUUGGGUGGUAUGUGAAAAGGAAUUUAUAUUUUUGAAAUAUCUUACAGAAAAAGUGGGUCAAAGAAGUGAUUAAUAAUACUCUUGGGCAGUACUACUACUCAACCCACCCCACAGGGGCUACUACACUACAGCAGAAAUUCUAAAAUGUUUUUAAAUUUCAAAUAUGCAUUUUCGGACGACGAAUAUUUUAUAUACAUUUUAAAGUGAGUCACUACUAUUUUAUCCAAUUAAAAAAAUCUGUCUAAUUGUUACAGUAACCCGAUCUACAAUAUAAGAAAGUUUGAUGUUCUGGAAAGUACCAGAAUGCCCCUUUGCAAAUCUGUUGCGCCACGUGGAUGCAGUCUUUGCAUUUCCUUGCUCUUUCUACUCUUUCUAUGCUUUCUUCCACUAACCCAUCUUUCUUCCACCAUAUCAUUUCUCUUUUCUAUCUCUCUCUACAUCUUUGUUAUCUCUCUCUUCUCUUUCUUCAUCUCUCUUUCUACAACAAACCCUAAUUCCCUUAAUCACAAAAUUUGCCUCAUUUUUCUCUCCUCAUCCAUCCUAUCAUUAUGCUUCUUCUUCAAACUGUUUUCGACAAUUUUGAUGUGGUGGUUUCUACUUUCGGACAAAGCGGAUUUCGACGGUUUAAUGGUGUUGGCUCAAGCAAAAAAAGGGGGAGAUUUGCGGCAGUUUGGUAAGAAAAGCUUCACUUUUUAUAUUUUAGAUCUGAACAUUGUUUGUCUGUGGCUUUGGCGGAGUUGGAAAAGGGUAUACAAAACCAAAGAUGUGAAGGUUGGACAAUGAUGAACACGAUGAUGGUGAUGUUGAUCGAUGUUGUUGGGUUCGUGAUGAACGGUGUUGAACGAAUUUGGAUGAAUGAGUUGAGUUGGUUGAAGAUCUAUGAAGAUGAUGACGAAAGCUGCAAAUCUGAAUCUCGGGUGAGGUAUUUCUGAUUUUUAUUCUUGAUCUCUCUUCCUCUCUCACGAUUCUGAAGGGUUUUGAUUUUAAGGAAAAUGAUGAAUAAAUUGUUUAGGUUUUUUUUUUUAUGAAUGCAGGGUCGGCAUAUUUUUUGUUUGUGAUUUUGUGGUUUGAUUUUGUGAUUUUUGUUGAAAUUUAUUUGAUUUUUUCUCAAACUAUGGUAUUCGAUGUAUUUCGUUGAUAAAGUUUUGAUUUUUAUAUGUUUUGGAGACACCUUUUUGUUAUAUGCAGGUGAUGAUUUGAGUAGAGUCACUUCUGGCCACAUUCUUUUUGUGGUUUGUCUGGCCCUGUACUUUGAUAAUAUAAUCGCAAAUGCUAUGGGUGUGAGGAAAUCUGUGUUAUACUUUCUAAAUCCUCAUUAUUGGACGGGAUAGGCAGCUCGAUGCUUCUCUCGGACUCUGAUUUAAUAGGUUUCUGGGAUAGGCUCUGUGCUGCCAUUUCUAUUAGGUUUGAAGUUUGAAUCCUUCUAUUUUCUUAUAGUUUGCUUUAUGUUUGAUUGUUUUUCUUUAUAACGAAUUUUGCUAAAUAAUUUUUUAGGAAGGUUCGUCUGAUGCACUUAUCUAAGAAGUUUGGUUUGGACUAUUGUUUUGGAUAUACGGGCUGAUUGGUCGUUAAUAACUGAAUUCUAUGUUGUUAAUAACUGGUGUAUUGCUUGCAGUGUGGAUCGGGAAGAUCAGUUACUCCAAUCAAAGCUGGUUUUGUGGUUGAUGGAUUCGAAAUUACUUUUGUGUGACUUUUUGUUCAGAUCUGUCAUGAGGUUUGAAGGCUUACUUUCCCCCAGUUUAUGUCUACAGCGCUGUUACCGGCAUGGAAAACUUGCAAUUUUGUUAUUGAUUCCGGUUAAUCGGCAGUCGAAUUAAAAAUUCACUAUGAAGAUUUGGAUCAUGAUGUAUUCGAAAUUGAUUCAGGCCAGAUUGAGGUUCCAAAUUAACUUAAGAAUACAGGGUUGGGUUCAUGGUUUUGCUAUUGGUUUGAGCUAAAUUGUAUGUGAUGGCAUUUGGUUUGUGAUUCUUGAGUUUUGUCUUAUGUAGGUAACAGGUUGGGGUGUGACUAUUAGCUGCAUUUAUUUUGAGAAACCUCAUGGCAUGCUUUGGACUGAAACUGUUCACGGCUGAUUCGAUUAUUUUAUAUUGGAUGCAGGCUUAUGAUUGGGUUGCAGGUAGUUAGACCGGAGUUGGUGCAGAAAUGCAGGGAAUUGAUGCAAAAUGAUAUUCAAAGCAGGAAGACUACUGACUUUGGAGGAUACCCUGUUCCAAGGAUAGGGAAUGCCAUAAGCCUUAGUAAGUCUUUAAUGUUAUACUUAAUGUUUGUGACCAUUUGAAUAUGCUAUUCGUGAUUGUUAUAUGAUCUAUGUAGUCAAAUUUAUUAUUUGUUUAAAUAUAAGUAAUCAUGUUUAUAUGAUUUCUUUAGAACUUCUUUCCCCGGGAUAAAAAGGAAACAGUUUUGAGAAAUAACUUAAAUUGUGAUUCUUAAACAAAAGCAUAAUGCCGAUGCCAUGGUUCACUGUUAUGUUUUUCUGUUCGACUGCCUUAUGCAAAUUGCAAAUAACUGAAGUUUUAUUUUCUCUAGAGUUGAUAGAAUCUUCUAAAUGUUUUCUUUUCCUUUACAUAUGUUGUGGAUAAUAUUAGUAUUGUAUAUAUACGACGGAAACCUCUGCUGCUGAGAUGUGAAAUGAAUAAUUACUAUUUAAACUCUUCAUUCUUUCUCUUCACCUUUUAUCUAAACUCCUAAAAUAUCUAAUAAAAGUAAAUAGUUACCCUGCCAACCAUGAUGUAGUUUUCUCUUUCUAACAUGUACAAGUGUAUUGAUUCUUGAGUUUGGCAAAAGCUUGAAGAGCAAAAUCAAUAAUUUUUCAAGGCUUAUUAUUGAGGUUGCGGCUGAAGGACCAAAUAAAUGAGUUCAACAGGUUGCUUAAGGAAUAAGCUGAGUUAAGUCUCUAUGAUUUCCUCAAAAUCUAUCUUGCUAUGUCUCUAACCAAUCCAAUGCAGCUGUGAAGCCAAAGAAUAUGAGACAUUCCACCUUACAUGAUGUGUUUAAUAAUGGCAGAUCAUCGCUGAACACAACUAUGCACGAUUUGACUCAGAUAUCUGCUCGCGGCAAUAGUAUUAACAUAACACCGAGCAUGCUUUCAUCUCAACCCGGAUAUUCGGGUAGUCCCCCUAACAUUUUUGGUCAUGAUGGAACUAUCUUGGAAGUAUGCCCAACAAUUGGUGAUGCAACGAUUACAUCAUUUAAUAGUGUUGAAUCAAACUCCCAUUUUAUGAAUGGAGCACUCGUGGACUCAGAUGUUUCAUCAUUUGGAUUUUUGGGGCAUAUUUCUAGAAACUUCAGUGUUCCAGAUCUGACUGCUGAUCUUCUUCAGAGUUCUGGUUGAACAACACCCCUAAAAUGAAGUGUCUAUACAUAGAAGUUUAGAAGUUUAGCAGUUUGACAGACUAUGAAAAUCCAACUCUUCGGUGAACGUGUGUAUAGGAAUUCACUAACCAUAAUAUGCAGUGAAAGGAAAUUAAAUUUGAAAGGGUUUAUAUGUACUUAAAAAAUAAUGAAUCUCUCUUAUUUUGGUUUUUUCUUUCAUCCUGUGUCCAUUCGGGUAUAUAGUGGUUCUUACUACUUUGUUUAUAUACCAGCUUUAUUGUAUUUUGAUGAUGUUGUUUUUUUGGCUU